AUGGAAAAGUUCCUGCGGGAGUGGAGGCAGGAUGCCCUCAACAAAGCCCAGUACGAGUCGGCCAUUUUCAUAGGCGACAAGCUGCUGGCCUUGACGAACGACGACCAAGAUGCCUUCUGGCUCGCCCAAGUCCACUUCGCGACCGGAAACUACACGCGCGCGCAGGCCUUCCUCGCCAAGCAGGACCUCGUCGCGCGCAACCCCUCCUGCCGAUACCUCGCCGGGCACUGCCUCAUAAAGCAGAACCGCUUCGAAGAGGCUCUUGCCGUCCUCGGCGAGCGCAACCCUACGCACCUGAUAUCCAACGGCGGACCGAGCUCCAAGAGAAAGGCCGCUCCCCAGUCGAGGCACGGGCGUCGCCGCGGAGACCACCAGCAGCACGACGCAGGCGGCGCGGCAGAUGAGGAGGAGGAAGAAGGCGCGGCGAGCCGGCGGUUUGAGGCUGCCAUGUGCUUCCUGCGCGGCAUCUGCUACGCUAAGCAGAAUGCCUUUGACAGGGCCAAGGAGUGCUACAAGGACGCGGUGCGCAUCGAUGUGCGCUGCUUCGAGGCGUUCCAGCAGCUCAUGACGAAUUCCCUUCUGUCGCCUGAUGAGGAGUGGCAAUUUCUCGAGAGCCUCGACUUCGACUCCAUCUCCGUCGCUGGCGAUGCGUCGGCGUCCCAGGAGGCUGCCGACUUUACCAAGAUGCUCUACACGACACGGCUGUCCAAGUAUCGCAACCCGGCGGCUUUCGAGACGGCGUAUGACUCGUUGUCGACACAUUACCACCUAGCCUCUAACCCCGAUCUGCAGCUUGCGCGGGCCGACUUGCUCUACACGCAGUGCCGGUACCGCGACGCCCUAACCAUCACCAACGCCAUCCUCCAAGACGACAAGUACAACUUCACCAUAUACCCCGUGCACCUGGCGUGUUUGUACGAACUGAAGAUGAAGAACUUGCUGUUCCUCGUGGCCCAUGACCUGGCUGACACGCACCCGGAAGAGCCGUGCACUUGGCUCGCCGUCGGCAUCUACUACUUUGCCAUCAACAAAAUUGCAGAGGCCCGACGUUACUUUAGCAAAGCGAGCAUGAUGGACGCGCACUUUGGACCGGCCUGGAUAGGAUUCGCGCACACCUUUGCGGCUGAGGGGGAGCACGACCAGGCCAUCUCGGCGUACUCGACAGCAGCGCGCCUGUUCAUGGGCACACACCUCCCACAAAUUUUCCUCGGCAUGCAGAACCAUGCGCUGAACAACAUGACUCUUGCGGAAGAGUUUCUCAAGACGGCCUACGGGCUAUGCAAGACGGAUCCUCUGCUGCUCAACGAAAUGGGCAUUGUCAAGUACCACCAGGAUAAGCCCAAGGAGGCCGUGCAGUACUUUACGGCCGCGCUCAAGAUUGCCGACGAGAUAGACAGCGAACCCUCCGCGUGGCUCUCGGCGCGGACAAAUCUGGGACACGCCUUUCGACGCCUCCGCCACUUUAACCGAGCCCUGGCGGAGUUCGACGAGGUGCUGCGCCUAGGAGGCAAGGACGCCGCCAUCUUCAGCGCCAAGGGACUCAUCCUAAUGGAGCAGAACCGGCCCGAGGAAGCUGUGAGCGUUCUGCACCAGGCUCUCGCCAUCAACCCGCAGGACAGCAUCGCCACGGAGCUCCUCAACAAGGCGCUGGAGGAGACGGCCCUGAUCGACGGCGCCGCCGAGGACGAGGCCGAAGACCUCGCCGAGUUUGAGCACCAGCUCGACGCGAGAAAGCUGGAGGCGGCGCAGAAGCUCAACAGCGGGCGGGCCGGACGCGGGGGCGCCGCGAUGGACAAGGGCAAGGGCAGGGUCGGGCGUCGGCGGACGCUGCUCGACAACGAGGACAAGGGCGAGAGCAUGAUGGAGAUGACGGAUGACGAGGACUAA